AUGUCAUCAGCAGAAGCUCCUUGGCAAUCAAUUGCUCGUCGCAAGCAGCAAGAGCAACUGGAUUCCAUACCCAAAGACUGGAUCCUCAAAACUCGACCAGCGGCUAAUCGCAACAAUGUGCUGGCCAUCCCUCGAGAAUGUGGCCUUCUGAGCGCUCAGGAGAUUGAGAUCACAGAAAGAUAUGAUGCCACUGCGUUGGUAAAAGAGCUAGCAGCAAAGAGGUUGAAGAGUGUGGAUGUUGUUACUGCAUUCUGUAAACGAGCAGCUAUUGCCCAGCAAUUGACAAAAUGCCUGACUGAAAUCAUGUUCGACGAAGCGAUCGCCAGGGCAAAGCAAUUGGAUGACCACCUCGCCAGAAGCGGCAAGCCUAUGGGCCCUCUGCACGGCUUGCCUAUAUCAGUCAAGGACUCUUUCAAGGUCAUUGGCAAAGAUGCAUCUAUUGGCUAUGCGUCUUUGUGCUUCAAACCUGCCGAGUCUAACUCAGCAUUGGUCGAAAUGCUUCUACAAGCAGGAGCCGUCAUCCAUUGCAAGACGAACAUCCCUCUCACGUUGCAAGCAUUGGACUCUCACAACAACGUCUUCGGCCGCGUGCUCAACCCUGCGAAUCUGAACCUCACCGCUGGAGGUAGUUCAGGUGGAGAAGGAGCCUUGAUCGCGAUGCGUGGCAGUGUCCUAGGCGCGGCCACCGAUGUGGGAGGUAGCAUCCGCAUCCCAGCUAUGUGUAACGGACUUGUAGGCGUAAAGCCCAGUCAUGGCCGCAUACCUUAUGCUGGACAGGAAAGUGGCGGCAUUCCCGGCACCGAGACCCUUAGUAUCAGAGCUGUUGCUGGUCCGAUUGCUCAUAGCGUUAGAGACUGCGAGCUGUUCUUCAGAGUUAUCGGAGAUCUGGAGCCGUGGACUUUCGAUCCCGAGUGUGUUGCGCAAACCUGGGAACAGCAGGUUGUGCGCAGUGCUCUAAGAACGCCAUCGCUAUCUGAUCACAUGAGAAGGCUGAGAAUAGGCAUUGUGACAACCGAUGGCAUUACGACCCCUCUUCCACCUGUUCAGGCAGUUUUGGAAGAAAUUCGUACUACGUUGAAGAGCAAUGCUGCCAUCGAAGUUGUGGAGUUGGACAUUACCUCCUUGCUCUCGCAAUGUCAGUCACUGGCCAACGGCUUGUUCGGAGUCGAUGGUGCCAAUACAGCCUUCGAUCUUCUGGAGGCCACCUCUGAACCGAUCUCACCGUGGCUCAAGUCUCGCCUGCGUCGCAAGAAGAAUCUCACAGCGGAGAAGAUACGCGAUCUUCAAGCACGACGAAACGAGUUGCAAACACGCUUCCUCGAUAUUUGGAAAGCAGAUGGCGGUUAUUGGAAGAACGCAACAGGAAGCGCCAGCAGUCUGGAUGUUUUCAUCUGUCCAGUAGCGCCCCAUCCAACCCCAAAGAUUGAUACCUGGAACACCGUCUCGUACACCUCCUCGUUCAACUUACUCGACUAUCCAGCGGCAACUUUGCCUAUCCGUCCCAUCCGAGUGACAGAUCUCAACACUAAGAUGACCGAUCAAGCUUCGGCACCGAGUGGCUGGGAGAAGUACAACCGCAAGCUCUGGGACGGCAAUCGUAGUGAGUUCCUCGGCGGCACUUUGUGUGUGCAGGUGGUAUCUCAGGCAAAGCAGGAGCGGGUAUUGUUACAAGCGUUGUCGAAGUUGCAAGAGUCGCUUGCAGGGCUAAAGGAAGACAAGGCGGUGAAGCCAAGACUGUAA